AGCUGUGGCACAUGGAUACGUGGACAGAGAGUGCAGGGCGAGGGCCAGCCCGGCCCGCCUGAGAAAACUGUGUCACACGUGCCUCUGCAUCCAGGCACGCACGCAGGAUGCGACAGGAAGGGAAAUACAAUCGAAUCGGACAGCCGUGGUAAAUUGGACUCGAAUCCUUCGCAUGCCCUGGGGCUGAGGUGGGUGCCUCUCAGAUAAGCAAUCUAAUCAGCUUUGCUCUUGUGUCCCAUCUGGAAACAGAUUGUUGCCGGAGUACACCACCACCUGAGAAGCAAGCUUCAGUUAAUUCGUUCAGCCAAGGCGAUUUCAUGCCAGGAUGCAGUCCCCAAACAAGGAUGAUUGCACUGCCUGUCCCACUCAUAUGCAUGGUGCCUACCCGGCAGAUCGGCUGCUGCGACAACGAGCCAUGAACCACCCCAGACACAUGGGCAAGAUAAGGAAAAGGCUGGAGGACAUCAAGAGCCAGUCCCCGAAGCUGAACAAAGUGGAUUUCAGCCACAACGAAAGCAUAAGGUUGGCCACCGACGCCUUCCUGGACGGUGGGACAGACUCUUACCUCGAAACUUUAAGCAAAGAGGGCGAGGUGGAUUUCCUCUCCUCCGUGGAAGCUCAGUACAUCAAGGAUAAUGCCAGGGAGUCCUAUUAUGCACAGGAGUCCUCAGCUGCCGACGGGGCGGCUGCGCCAAAGCAGAACGAUGCCGGAUCACUCCCUUCAGGGACCUACUUCCCCACCAUUUCUGACUGCAGUGAGUCGGCUCUGCUGCACACGUGGAUUACUGCGGAGAAGCCCUAUAUGAAGGAAAAAUCCACUGCCACCGUGUAUUUCCAAACGGAGAAGAACAGCAACAUUAGAGACAUCAUACGCCGGUACAUCAACAAGACCACUCAGGUGCUGGCUAUCGUGAUGGAUGUUUUCACGGACACUGAGAUUCUUUGUGACCUCCUGGAGGCAGCUAACAAGCGCAUGGUGUUUGUCUACCUGUUGCUCGAUCAUGGCAGUAUAAAUCUCUUCUCGGAGAUGUGUGACAAGUUGCAAAUUGCCGAGGAUCUCUUCAAGAAUAUUUCAGUCCGCAGUGUUACUGGAGAGGUUUACUGUGCCAAAUCAGGCAGGAAAUUUUCAGGACAAAUAAAAGAAAAAUUUCUUAUCUCUGACUGGAGAUACGUGCUCUCAGGAUCUUACAGCUUCACGUGGCUGUGUGGGCAGGUUCACCGCAACCUCCUCUCCAAGUUCACAGGCCAAGUUGUGGAGCUGUUUGAUGAGGAGUUCCGGCAUCUCUACGCGCUGUCCAAGCCGGUGAGGGGCCCCAAGUCCCCCCCGCGCUCCCUGCCCUUCCUGUUCAGCCGGAGCUGGGCUGCUCCACGCAGCCUCCCCUACAGUGAUGAGGGAAGCGCCAACACUCUUUCCGAUGCCUUCAGCAGCCUCUCAGCUGGCAGCACCCACCAGACCAAGCAAACCCCACGAACUCCCAUGUUCAACAGCAACUUCGCCCCCCAGUCACCUCUCCAUCGAGUUAAUUCCUUCCACAGCUACAUCUCCUUCACACCCCCUCCUCCACAGAAGGCCAUCCAGGCCAACUACUACCAGCCUCACUACAUGGCCGAAAACUCCCCAGUUCCGUAUAACAUGAACGUUUACAGACCUAUAAGACUUAGGCAAGAGGAACCGAACAGGACAGGGUUAAACUCAUCCUGGAGAUGCCUCCACAAAGCCAACCUGUUUGCAUAAUAACCACCUUGUUUGGAAAUGCGAGUAAACGUAGUGAGGACCUGUUUAGCAAUCGCUUGUGUACUGAUGAAUAUAGAAAUUCUGCAUAAUACAAAAUGAGGAUGAUUUCAAGCCUCUUGUUUUGUUGCUUAUGGAUGCUUCGUUUCCCUAAUUAAAAAGCCAAGCCUGCUACUGUGUGAACCUCAGGUGCAUCAUGAUCCCAGGAAGAACACAUCUAAAUAAUGCUGCUCACAGUGCAGCACUGCUGCUGCCUAUCACCUGCCCUUGGCGGCACAUUUGUGUAGCAGGAGUAUGGUAACUGUUCUCCUUAUGUCCAGGCAACUGAAAGGGGGUAAGGCACAGUUUACUACUAAGCAUUUUAUGCACUUGCAUAAGGAGACUGAAGGCUGCUAUUUCAGUGCCAAACAGAGGCCAUGCCAGCAGCAGCAGGCUGCCUUCGUGCUGUCAUCACAUCUUAAUCUUGAUUUAGGAGGACUCCCUUUGGGCUGGCAGGGAGGGCCUGCCACAGCACUGUCUCAGAGCUCUCUCUGUGUGAGCAAGGACAUCUGUUCCCAAGGAUUCUAGGAAGGGACCCGCUACCCAUGAUGUGGACCAAGCCCGACAGUUCCGCAUACAGAAGACACCUUGUACCCACCACAUGAUCACUUCCAUUCGUUAGCAACACGUUCCAGCACCCUUGGUGACAAACCUCCAAUGCUACCAGCUCAGAGCAACUUUCCUUACUGUGGAGCAGCUGUGUACAUUCAGACUGGAAAACGAAGCUGAGUUCAAGAAGCGAAGUCCUACUAGUAACACCCCAGGAUUGAGUUCUAAUUCAUUUAGCAGCACGUGGAUCUUAGAAAUCCUCUCCAUGGUCAUUUGAUUGAUCAUGAAGUUAGAGUUAAUGAUGCUUUAUUUCUGAGUUCUUCAAGGUUUCUUAUUUUUAAAGAGAAACUGGGUGUCUGUAGUGCCCAUGGAUUACAGUUACAAGGGUUACAGAGGUUCAGCAGCUUGAACCAAACCAGAAAAACUUUCUGCCAAAUAAUCCAUGAAAACAAAGGAAGCUUCUGUAAGCAAAAGAAAAUUUAUGAAACAAAGUUUAAACCAAAGUUACCAGGAUGCCUAACAUCUGUUAUCAGUAGAUUAUUUUUUUCACACCUUCUUUGUAUUAUCUUUAAUCUGACUCCAACAGGAAACAGAAACCUAAACACACUUGUACAUCUAGCUUGUUUUCCCUGACUUCUCACCUGCUCAGAAAGGAACACAAUUUAAUUAUGUAGGCUGUGGAUGAUGAAAAGUGUAUGCAGCAGCAAGAUCUCAAGUGAGGAAAAGUUACUCAUCCUUGGAAGAAUGCUCAGUUUAAAGAACAUUAUGAAAGGUACAGGAUGAACACAUCCCGCUCUAGCUUCAGUGUGGGAAUUUUAACCAGUGAUACCAAAUGUUGGAG